AUGGCGUGUCAGGCCUUUAACACAGACUCUUUCACGCAGCUGUCAGGAGACUCAGUUUUGCCGAUCCUCAUGCACCAUGCCUCCGCCAGUGACUGCCUGCCAUCCACGUCCCACGCACACAGCAUGGUUUCUGCAGUGUCAUCUGGACUUUCCCUGGGUCAGAGCUCCAAGCGCUCACACAUGCAUCUGUCCGCCUCCUCCCUCGGCAACGCACUGGGUAACAGCCCCCCGAGCCUUCAUUACCCAGUCGCCCCCUGUCACUACAACCAGCAGGCCACCUAUGGCAUGAUGACAGCUCAGGAGAUGCUCUCUGCCAGUAUCUCUCAGACUUGUAUCCUGCAGACAUGUGGAGUCCCUCACCCUAACAUGGUGAGCAGCGCAAACCCACUGCAAGGGUCUCUUACUCCUUGCUUGUACAAGUUUCCAGAUCAUGGUCUGAGCAGCGGCUCUUGCGCAUUAAGCCACGGUUUCUCUUCGCUGCCCUCGGCUAUACUCUCGACUGAUGAGGCCCCUGGGGGCCCCACUGUCGGAGAGAUGAAAACUGAUGCCCAGAGGAAGAGCAUGCGGGACCCUGAUGAUACCCCCGCCAUGGACUCCCCGCAGAUACGAGAGCUGGAGAUGUUUGCCAAUGACUUCAAGAUACGGAGGAUCAAACUGGGCUAUACCCAGACUAAUGUAGGCGAGGCGCUCGCUGCUGUGCACGGCUCCGAGUUCAGCCAGACCACGAUCUGCCGCUUUGAAAAUUUGCAGCUGAGCUUUAAGAACGCCUGCAAACUCAAGGCCAUUCUGUCAAAAUGGCUGAAUGAAGCGGAGCUGGCCGGCGCCUUGUACAACGAUAAAAUAGGGAUGAACGAGCGAAAGAGAAAACGGAGAACAACAAUCAGCCUGGGAGCUAAGGAGGCUCUUGAGCACAGCUUCGGGGAGAAAAGCAAACCGUCCUCUCAGGAAAUAGCGCGGAUCGCCAAAGGCCUCCACCUGGAGAAGGAGGUGGUCCGAGUGUGGUUCUGCAACCGGCGCCAGCGGGAGAAACGCGUGAAGACGAGUCUGAACCUCAGCAACUGCUUGUCCAGGAUCAGCCCAAACUGCCUCUCACAGAUGAGUAAAGCUCAGAGGCCGAUGACGUAG